AACGUUGUACAUCUUUUGUUAAGGUAGACUGCGGGUAGAACUGUUUAAAGAUAACGCCUCCUGUUUCUAUCUGGUCUACCCAGGCCUUGAGCCAUAUAUUGGAAAUGACUCCGUCGAUCGGUGGUUGGAAUUCAAGUCGCUCCAUGGGGGAAAGCUUUGUUAAAGACCUUCUUUCCAUGUGUCUUCAAAGAAUAUCAAUGGAAGAGGAUGUCUCUAACUCCGAACUUGUGUUUCUUCAGAUGGCAAGGAACUUUGAGGUCACCAGAACGAAGUGGCUCCGUGCUGAGGUGGAGCUCAAGAAGUGCAGGGAGCUGCUGUUGAAGUCUGACGUAGUCCGGGCAGCAUUAGAGGUCCAGCUGAAACAUGCUCGUAACCAGGUUGAUGUAGAGAUCAAGAAGCGCCACAAGGCAGAAGCUAACUAUCAGUACCUGGAACGCCAGAUGAAAUUGAUAUGUGACAUACUGGUGAAUGACAGUAAGUCGAGUGCAUGUCUCAAUGAUGAACAGAGAUCUAUGCUGGCCAACUUCAAUCAUAGAGGACUUACUGUUCCACAGCAGAAAGGCAGACGGUUGUCCAUCAUUGACGAGUCCUCAUUCCUCUCACAUUCUGACAUUAGUUAUGAUAAAACUGACGAUGAUCUGGACUUGGAUACAGCCGUGCUGAAACCUCUUAAGUCAAGAGCGCGAGAGAAAAGGCGCUCCUCCAUGGGGCCCAGUGCCCACACUCAGAGGCGAAGUAGAAUAAAUGGCCGGUCAGGAGAUUACCUCGGAGCGAGGGCAACAGACAAAUCUGUUCAGGAAGUUGAGACGACAGUAGUGAAGGCGUCGGUCAGCACUCCAGAGAAUGGAAGUUCGAUUCAGCUGGUCAUCGACAUAACUCAAGAACCUACUGAAAGGCCUCGUCGAAAUCACAUCUAUGAGAGGUUCCCAUCUGUCUCUGAUCAGACCUCUGUGUGGUGUCAUGAUGAAUCCAAAAUGGAGGCCCCGUCUGUAAUUGAGAUGGAGAUGACGGCUGUAGAACCCCAACUGCCAGAGACCCCGACUCCUCCUGAGGACAAAACCCUCCGUCAUGUUUUUCUACCCAAAACUGUUAUCAGACCCGAAACAUGUUUGCCUUGUGGAAAACGAAUCCGUUUUGGCAAGAUGGCGAUGAAGUGUCGUGACUGUCGGAUCCUCUCCCACCCCGAAUGUAAACACCUGUGUAAUGAGUCUUGCUCUCCAAUUGCCCAUGGCAACCCUCAAGUUACUGAGGACACCCUGGAAACCUUUGCUCCUUCUACCCACCCAAGAAUCCCCGUGCUCAUUAUGCAAUGUGUAAAUGAAAUUGAGAAACGAGGACUUAAGGAGAGAGGGAUUUACCGUGUGCCAGGAGGAGAACGUAUGGUCAAGGAACUGAGGGAGAGGUACUUGACCAACAAGGGCCCGCUGUUCCUCCACAAAGUAGACGAUAUCCAUGUGGUCUGCGGCCUCCUCAAGGACUUCCUGAGGAAACUCAAAGAGCCUCUGAUCACGUUCCAGCUGCACCAAAAAUUCAUGGAGGCCAGUGAGAUUGCAGAGGAUGACAACAGUGCAGCAAUGAUGUUUCAGGCCAUAGGAGAGCUUCCUGCUGUCAACAGGCAAACGCUGGCUUUCCUCAUGCUGCACUUGCAGAGAGUCAUGCAGAGCCCACUGUGUCAGAUGGAUCUUACCAACCUGGCCAGAGUGUUUGGGCCUACUAUCAUUGGCCACAGCAUGUCCGAACCAUCACCAAUGACCAUCAUGAGUGACACCACCACACAGCCCAAAGUCAUGACAAGGUUGCUGUCUUUUAGUGCUGAAUAUUGGAAAGGCCUCAUGAGAAACGAAAGGAGUGUCGCAUCAACUCCAAUUGAUGCAAAAAUCUACUUUGAAGGAAAAAGCACUGAUAGGGAUCGCAUGUUUACACCGGUCAUUUCUCCUGAGACUGGGGCUGGGGCCAAGGGUCCUAACACCAGUGCGCUAAAAGGAAGAAUUAGGACCUUUGGCAAUGCUUUUGGCAGCUCAGGCAAGCAGAGGCCUGAACCAAAAAAGAACCGUUUCUUUACCUCCCCUAAGUGAUGCAGAACUGAAUGUCUUGCAUCGGCGUGACUCGCACUUCAUUCAUUAUUUUGAAUAAAAUAAAUGGCUUUAUGGUCAUUUGAAUAUUGUGUAUGAACAUCUAAAUAAAUAAAAUAAUAUUUUACAAUUUUGGAAGCAUGUAAACAUCUUGGCCAGCUUGAAUAUUUACCAGCAAAGAUGUGUGUACAGCAUGCUGAAUAUUUUGGUGUUGGAUUGAAAUAAAGUGUAUACUUCUUGCAAUGAA